CAAAACCGGGCGGCGGCGAGGUCAGGCAGUGGGCAGCAGACUCCUCUUGCACGCCUGCGCCCCGCGCCCCUGCCCGCAGGCACCAUGAGCGGCCGAGUCGGGAACCUGAGCCCCCAGCAGCAGGAGGCACUGUCCAGGUUCCGAGAUAACCUCCAGGACCUGCUGCCUGCCCUGCCCAAUGCUGAUGACUACUUCCUCCUGCGCUGGCUUCGAGCUCGGAACUUUGACCUGCAGAAAUCUGAGGGCAUGCUCCGGAAGCACAUGGUGUUCCGGAAGCAACAGGACCUGGACAACAUCCUCAAGUGGCAGCCCUCGGAGGUGAUCCGGCUGUACGACUCAGGUGGUCUGUGUGGCUAUGACUAUGAAGGCUGCCCCGUGUGGUUCGACAUCAUCGGGAUGCUUGACCCCAAGGGUCUCCUCCUGUCAGUCUCCAAGCAGGAGCUGAUCUGGAAGCGUAUCAAGGUCUUAGAGCUGCUUUUGCAGGAGUGUGAGCUGCAGAGUCAGAAGCCAACUCCUAUCCAGCCCAUGCCCUUGGUAGUCACUCUCUAUAGUCAAGUCCUCUCUGGUCCAGCUUCCGAGGUAGUUUCAUGUGUUCCAGCCCCCAAGCUGUUCCCUGUGGCCUUCAACUUGGUCAAGUCAUUCUUGAGUGAGGAGACUCGAAGGAAGAUAAUGAUUCUGGGAGGCAACUGGAAGCAGGAGCUGCCGAAGUUCAUCAGCUCCGACCAGCUGCCUGUGGAGUUCGGGGGCACCAUGACUGACCCUGAUGGCAACCCCAAGUGCUUGACCAAGAUCAACUACGGGGGCGAGGUGCCCGAGAGCUACUACCUGCACAACCAGGUGAGGGUCCAGCACGAGCACACAGUGGCCGUGGGCCGCGGCUCCUCCCUGCAGGUGGAGGACGAGAUCCUGUUCCCGGGCUGUGUGCUCAGGUGGCAGUUUGCGUCAGAAGGGGCAGACAUCAGCUUUGGGGUUUUCUUUAAGACCAAGAUUGGGGAGCGGCAGCGGGCAGGGGAGAUGACGGAGGUGCUGCCCAGCCAGCGCUACAACGCCCACAUGGUACCUGAGGCCGGCAGCCUCACCUGCCACAAGGCCGGCGUCUACGUCCUGCGCUUCGACAACACCUACAGCCUGAUGCGCGCCAAGAAGGUCAGCUACACCGUGGAUGUGCUGCUCCCCGACAGGGCCUCUGAGGAGAAGAUUCAGAGUCUUGAAGUGGCGAGACCAUCCCCAGUGCAAUGAAGGCUCCUGCUGCUCCUAUGCCUGUGCUCCAGCCCCUUUGCACCCACUCCCUGUCCUCUGCCUUCCCAGGCAGGGUGGCGCUGGAGGUGACCGCAGAGAGCUGUGUGCCCCACACGGCCUCCUCAGCUCCUUGUGGGUCCACCUGGCCCAUUGGCCAAGCAGUGUGUAGGCCGCUCUGAGGAUCCAGACAGGGACCCCGUCUACUGAUUACAGAAAUAAGAACCCUGAGGAUGAACCUCUGAGGAGGGUCUGGCUGUAGAAGCUGCCCUUGUAUCCCUCCUAACAAGGUCCACCCAUCCCAGGACUCCACCACACCUGGCAUCCUAGCCUGGGGGCACGUGCAUGGGCCUCAGGCCCGCAGGAGUGCAGCUUGAGUCCCAAAGAUCAGGAAAGCCCCAUUGUCUGCACCGAGGGGCUUGGCAGAGAUAGUCAGGGCCAGCUGGAGGGAGCUGGGUGGAGGGAUCUCUGUUAUGACAGAGCUUUGAGGCCCAUCCGGUUGCCCUGCAUCUGGAGGGAAAGUCAGAAAUGGAGAGUGAGACUUGGCAGGGAUAACCAUCCAGAGGAAAAGCCAUGCUCAGCCUUGCACAGAACCGAGUGGGUGAAGACCGAGUCGCUCAGGAUCCCAGUGACCGCCUCCCCUCCCCACCUGCUGAGAUCUGGCCCCAUUCUGGCUCUGAGUCAGGCCAGGACCAAAGCAGACCUGCAGUUAGGUGGGACAUGCUCGGGUAAGGUGACUGUGCUGGGGUGCAGGGUGUGGAGCAGCCAUCCCCGGUGCUCAGCUUUGAUCCGACUUGGCUCUUGGAGAUCCAUCAAGCUCUUCUUCCAUCCUGAUGUCUUGAUCAAGGGGAGGCUGAAAGUCAGCCGCCAACUCUCCCUACCCCAGAGCCAACCCCCAUCCAGCAACUGGUCAGUGAUGGCUUCUGUUGCCCAAAGGCUGCUCUCCUGGUGCCCACAGCCCAGUUAGGACCACGCCCCCUCUGCUGGAUGGAAAGUGCCCCACAGAGCAGACCUUUUCUGGGAAUGAACCAAGAAGCUGCUGAGCUGGGUAUGGUUUUGCAGGUUGUCUCCAGGCAGCAAUGAAGCCAUCGACUGGCCUGGAAGCCCAGGCUGUACUGCCUGACCCCUCCCCACCCUGCCUCCUGCCCUCUGGCUGGACCAGGCCAAUGGCCACCAGCACCGCCAAAGACCUGGCCCUGGGCUGCCCAGCGCUGGGCUCCAGACCCCUGCCACUGCUCCCCUUGUCUCUCCUGUACUGCUGUCCACAGGAUAAAGUAGUGCUGCCCACA